AGGAAUGUCAGCCUCGGAAGUAACCCAGCCUCUGAUUGGCCAAAGCGAGUCACGCGACCCUUUCCCAAGCGGAGUUUCCACGACAGCUGGAAGCCGAGCGGCACAGGCGCAUCGCUUCUUUGCUAAAAUUAUUGGAAAUAACCAGACUUCUGCUCGUCUCAGCACCUCCAGAUAAACGCUGGUCUGGCAUGGGCGACAAGAGGAGUCCCACAAGGCCGAAGCGUCAACCGAAGCCCUCCUCCGACGAGGGGUUUUGGGACUGCAGCGUGUGCACGUACAAGAACACGGCAGAGGCUUUUAAGUGCAUGAUGUGUGAUGUCAGGAAGGGGACGUCAACAAGGAAGCCUCGUCCCGUCUCCCAGCUCGUCUCGCAGCAGCAGGUAACGCAGCAGUUUGUGUUGCCCCCUCAGCCCAAGAAGGAAAAGAAGGAGAGAGUCGAGAGGGAGAAGGGCGACAGAGAGCCGGCGCUCAAGAAGAACAGUCACAAGAAGAUGAGGCCGAGGUUAAAAAACAUCGACCGUAGCAGCGCCCAGCACCUGGAGGUGACGGUUGGGGACCUGACAGUCAUCAUAACGGACUUUAAGGAGAAGGCCAAGCCCUCGUCCGCCCCGGCGACGUCGUCCAGCACCGCGUCCACGGCCGACCUCCACAGCCAGAACGGCUCCAGCUCAGAGAACACAGAGAAGGGGCUCUCCCGCUCCUCCUCGCCCAGGGGGGAGGGGAGCUCUGUCAACGGAGAGUCCCACUGACUCACCCCCCUCCAGUCCUCCCACGGCCUCCACCCACAUCCCAUCUGCAGGCCCACAGGUCACUGGUGGAGCAUCCUGCCUCCACUUCAGAGCUGCACAUUAGUUUUUUUUUCUUUUUUCUGGAUAUUACAAUUUCAAAAGGGGUUGUGAACAAACAUCACAUUUAGGGAGUUUAAUAGGUUUAAACAUUCUCCGCAGCGCUGGAAUUCUGCGUUUAGAAAGCAGCAUGAAAGACCUUUUUGCUCCAUGUUCAGAGAAUGUUCAUGUUGGUGUCAUUGAAAAGGAUCCCACAAGCUUUCCAAACCUCGCUCCUAGGACAUUUACUAAGACUGCCGUUUUAUUCUGACGAAGAACUUCCUCAGAACUGACCUGAGACAUGUCUGAAUAAAUGUUUGGACAAGCUUUAUGGUGCUGUGCGGUUUCCUUCAGGUGCACCUGCUUUUCUCUUUUUUUUUUCCCUUUUUGUAUAUGUUCGUUCAACCAAAUGUGCAGCCUCCAACCAUGACAUCACCUCCAUUGGCCGGCAGAGUGACCUAUUCUUCCCCCACGUGGAUUCUUCAGCCUUUACCUCCCCGUUAUAAACCCCAACCAUCCAUUACGCACUCUCGGUGUCCCGACACUGAACCGCCAACCUCACAGGCGACCUUUGCUCCUGCUCUCAAUUACUCCAAGCUUUCACUCGUGGACUGCCUCUGCUGUGGAGUGACUUUUCUUUCUUUUUGAGACAGCAUAGCGGCUGUACUCCUACUGGCACCGUGUGGUGUUUUUGGGUAAUGUUCGGAGCGGGUUGAUUCGUUCAGGUAAUGCUUGUUAUGUACGUAUAAGGGCAUCUGGCAGGUUUUGAUAAAAAGCCCUCUUUUAAAUGGUGCAGGAAGGUAUAGUAUAUGAUAUUAAAGGAUAAUACCGGUGCUUUUGUCUGUUUUCAGUUUGUGCCAAUAAUCUACCCUCCUCCUUUUAGUUUGCAUACAGUCAGCCACGUUUUAGGUACAAUCAGGGUUUUGUUUUUCUAUCCUAGCUGCCAUUCAUUUUGUACCUAUAAAAACAACAAACCUGCAUUAAGUGAUAUUUCUGAUAUGAAUAUCAAAUCACGUACAUAUCUGAAUAAUGUGAAAAGCUGAGCAUGUAGAUGAUGAGUAACUCUCCAGCUAUAUGCAGCUUCAAGUUCCUUGUUUAGGUGUUGUGACCGCACAUGGACCAGAGACUAUCCAUGGCCAGCUAACCAGCUCUGACACGCUGUUGUUACACUUCCUGUCCAGCAUGAAAUCGCAGAAGACGGAAGUGUGUGGUCCAGAAAGUCUUUAAAGAGCUCAAAGUUGGGUAAAUACUGAGCUAAUGUUGGUCAGAAGACCAGAAACACUAAUCCAAAUGAAUAUGUAUGCCGGUAUAUGUCUGCUAGAUAUGCGAGAAGGCAAUGCAAUGCUGACAUAUGAGCCACGACAGCUCAAAUCUGUCUCUCAGGGCUUUGUUUCUUUGAGUUGAUUUAGCAGUGUUGCUAUCAAACAUACACUUAAUGCAGCUUUGUAUUUAAUUACUACUUGAUCUGUCACAUCGUAAGUCCAUGAUGCUGACAAAAUGUGUCGCUGAUCGCUGACGUCCUCCAUGUUCUAGCGCGCUGACUGUCAAUCACACGACUCCCACAGAAUUAGAUACAUCUACGCAGAUACAUACGGCAGCAGUUCUUCAUGCAUCGUCAUAUUUCUGCUUUUACUCUAUUGGCACUUUUAUUUUCUCCUUCAACAGCUAACUCAAAGCCAGGUUUAUCACAGCAAAGUUUUUGUCAGUGACGAAAAAGAAAAGAAAAGAAAAAAGGAAUAGUUCAAUAUGAGGAAUUGUCAACUAAAUAUGGACGGAUUAGGUUGAGGGAAGUGACACCGGUAUUCUCCUUUUAAUCUCUGCUGCACAAACAGGGCUGCACCUGCUCAGCAUCACAGCGGAGAACCAGAGGGUGCCUAUGCUGUUCUGCCCCCUCCACUCCCCCCACCCCCCUCCCUCUGUGGACCCAGUUGGACACAGCACGGUGCUUUUAAAACAUAAAAGGAGCUGUGACUUCUGGACAUGCUGAUUGUCUGCCGCGUGAUGGACUUCAGAAACUGUUUAAAUUCCUCCACUUUGACGUAGCAAGUGGAGGAGCUUUAGAAUAUACUAAACCCUCAGCAGAACAACUAUGGAUCCACCUAACUACACACUAACUUGUGAAACCUGUAGAAUACUACACAAGAUAAAAAUGGAUAUUUCUAAAAUAUUGUACUACAAAGUUUUGAUGUGGUUGUAUUAUCCAUCAUAGCAGUGUUAUUGUCGAGAAUUUAACUUUUACAUUUUAGCACAGAUCCUGAGAACUGUCAUGGCAUGAUAAUAUUAUGGUCUCGGUAUAUUGUGGGACAGGCUAUGUCUCUUAGUUUGUUAGCAUCGUUCAAUGUAUCAAGAGAUCUCACUGGGUCACCACACUAGCUGGGACUAGCCGCGUGGGCUCGUGAGAACUGUUCCGACAGACGUUUAUUAUUUGGUUGUGGCAAAAAAAUGGAAAGACUUAAAAAUAUGUUGGUUGUCACUUGUUUUUUUUUUUGCUCAGUUGAUUUAAAUUGUGUAAACUUGUUUAUUACAUGUCUGAAUAAGAAAAUGCAAACAUAAGAAUCAUUUCACGUAUUGUCAUUAGUCACGUUCAUACAGGUGCAUGCUUACGUUUGUUGUCACAGGUUUGUUAAUCUUGCCCUUUUCUCUAAAGCAGAGCACUUGUUGUUUCAGCUCCAUCUGGUGAACGACUUGAUAACUGCUCCUUCUCCUCAACACAGGAUAGAUUUGGGUUCACGGUGCGACUGUGCAUACGGUGUUUAUCCAUGCAGUGGUUAAGUCACAAACCUCCAUGACUUAAUUAUACUGGCUUACAGUAGUACGCAUAAGGUCAUGCGCAUCAGGUGUGGUUUACACUCUUAAUUAAUCAACCACUACUUAUCAGUCGGUAACCUAAUUUCCCCAGACUGAAUGAAAAUGCAGUUGACGUGCGGGUCUGUUGUCUAGUGGAGCCACAUCAAUAAAGACGACUAGUCACUUAAA